AUGCUUUCCUACUCCAACACCUUGCGAUUCACCACUUUGCUCGUCUGCAGCUUGUUGGUUUUCACUCCUGCUACCAUCGGCCAAGACUUCAAGGGUCUACCCCCAUGUGCCGGCAACUGCCUCGCAACAGCUCUCGCUUCGAGCGGCAAAACGUGUACUCCGACCGACUUUGCCUGUCUUUGCAAGAACCAGGACUUCAUUUCCACUAGUGAUUCUUGCUAUUCUACCUCGUGUACGGUCAACGACUUGAAAGAUGCUAAAGCUUGGGGAGUCAAAACUUGUGCCGCAGCAGGUGUCCAGCUCGCGGCCAAUGGUGUCAACGCUGCCGCAAACGGUAUCACCAACGCGGCGAAUAGUGCCACUAACGCUUUGACAGGUAACUCCACGGCUGCUGCUGGCCAUAGCACCCCCGGCAACCCGAACAACUCCACUGGACCAGGCACUGCAACUGGCAACACUGCCCCUGUUAACACCAACAACCCGCCAGCAGCUCGUCCAAACUCGGCUGUCGCUCUCUCUGCCGAGAUGGUCAAAUUUUUCGCCAUUGGCUCCGCCAUCUUUUCCUCGCUCUUGAUGAUCUGA